AUGGCAGCACUCGUUCCAGUGUCAGAGGUCGAACUCGGGCAGGAUAUCGACCCGAAUGCGUCGCCGGUCGGAAGCAUCGACACCAACACCACCCCGGACACCGAGUUCUCACCGCCGGACAGCCCAAUCCAGGAGAGCGGGCCGCCGAAGGACCCGAGACUGCUGGCGAGAAAGAAGCUGGCCACGCUGACCCAGGAGGAAAAGGUGUCGCUAUUGACAGCCGCGGACUUCUGGAGGACGAAGGCGAUCCCGGACAAGGGCAUCCCCGCCAUCAAGACGAGUGACGGGCCGAAUGGUGCUCGCGGGGGGAUCUUCGUCGGGGGUACUAAAGCCGCCCUUUUCCCCUGCGGCAUCUCGCUGGCAGCAACAUGGAACAAGGACCUUCUCCACCAAGUUGGCCAGCACUUGGCUCAGGAAGUCAAGGCCCGGUCAGCCGACGUUCUCCUCGCGCCGACUGUUUGCAUGCACAGGCACCCGUUGGGAGGGAGGAAUUUCGAGUCUUUCUCGGAGGACCCGCUCCUGACCGGCAAGCUGGCUGCGCAAUACAUCAAGGGGCUGCAAGAAAAGGGCGUAGCCGCCACGAUCAAACACUUCGCCGGCAAUGAGCAGGAGACAAAUAGGGUGACAAUCAACUCGGUCAUCGCGGAGCGGCCACUUCGCGAGCUGUACCUGCGUCCGUUCGAGAUCGCGGUGCGCGAGGCCAAGCCAUGGGCGCUCAUGUCUUCGUAUAACCGCGUGAACGGUGUGCACAUGGACAUGAACAAGCACAUUCUCCGGGAUAUUCUCCGCGGCGAAUGGGGGUACGACGGGACCGUCCUAUCGGACUGGGGGGGUACAAACUCGACGGCGGAAUCGCUGAGGGCUGGGAUGGACAUCGAGUUUCCCUUCUCCAACAAGUGGCGGUUCGAAAAGGUGCUCGAGGCCCUGAAAGACGGGAAGAUCACCGAGGCUGAUAUCGACCGCGCAGCCGAGAACGUUCUCACGCUCGUGGAGCGGACGAAAGGGGGCGACCUGACGCCGGAGGCGGAGGAGCGGGAAGACGACCACGAGGAGACGAGGAACCUCAUCCGCGAAGCCGGUGUGCAGGGGCUCACACUGCUGAAAAAUGAGGGCUCCGUCUUGCCCAUCAACCCCGCGACGACCAAGGUGGCCGUCAUCGGGCCAAAUGCCAACAGGGCGAUCGCUGGGGGCGGCGGCAGCGCCAGCCUCAACCCCUACUACAACACCGUGCCCCUGGACAGCAUCCGCAAGGUCGCCCAGCAGCCCGUCACCUACAGCCUGGGAUGCCACAUCCACAAGUGGCUCCCGGUGGCAUCGCCGCACUGCUCCAACAAGACGGGGAAGCAGGGCGUGUCGAUCGAGUGGUUCAGGGGCGACAAGUUCGAGGGCCAGCCGGUCGUCGUCCAGCAAAGGACGAACACGGACCUCUUCCUCUGGGACUCGGCGCCGCUGGCGGACGUCGGGCCGGAGUGGUCGGCCAUCGUGACGACGUACCUGACGCCCCCGACGUCGGGGAAGCACACCAUCUCCUUCAUGUCGGUCGGGCCGGGCCGGCUCUACGUCAACGGCAAGCUGGCGCUGGAUCUCUGGGACUGGACCGAGGAAGGCGAGGCCAUGUUCGACGGGUCCGUCGACUACCUAGUCGACGUGGACAUGCACGCCGGCCGGCCCGUGGAGCUGCGCGUCGAGAUGACCAACGAGCUGCGGCCCGUGGCCAAGCAGAAGCAGUUCAACAUGACGCACAAGUACGGCGGCUGCCGCAUAGGCUUCAAGGCCGAGGACCAGGUCGACUACUUGCAGGAAGCCGUCGACGCCGCCAGGGCCGCCGACGUCGCCGUGGUGAUCGUCGGGCUGGACGCCGAGUGGGAGUCCGAGGGCUACGACCGCCAGACCAUGGACUUGCCGUAUGACGGCAGUCAGGACCGUCUCAUCGACGCUGUGGUCAGCGCCAACCCCCGCACCAUCGUCGUCAACCAGUCAGGCUCGCCCGUCACCAUGCCCUGGGCCGACCGCGUGCCCGCCAUCCUGCAGGCCUGGUACCAGGGCCAGGAGGCCGGUAAUGCCCUCGCCGACGUCCUCUUUGGUCUGAGGAACCCGAGCGGGAAGUUACCGUGCACCUUCCCGCGCCGCCUGGAGGACACGCCCGCAUACCACAACUGGCCGGGCGAAAACGACGAGGUCGUCUACGGCGAAGGCCUGUACAUCGGCUACCGACACUACGACCGCGUGCGCGUCCAGCCGCUCUUCCCCUUCGGCCACGGCCUGUCCUACACGCAGUUCGAGUACGGCCGCCCGUCGCUCAGCCCCCGCGUCUUAUCAUCUCAGGACGACGACGACGACGGUGGUAGUAGUAGUAGUGUGGAGCUGGUGGUGGGCAUCAGCAACGUCGGGCCAGUCGCCGGGUUCGAGACGGUGCAGGUUUACGUGCGCCACGAGUCCAGGAGCCGACUGCCGCGGCCGGAGAAGGAGCUUGUCGCGUUUGAGAAGGUGGAGUUGGAGGCCGGGGAGACAAAGCAUUUGAGGGUGAGGCUGGAUAAGUAUGCGGUCGGGUACUACGAUACGAGUAUCGGGAGGUGGAUUGCCGAGAAGGGGACGUAUAGGGCUCUGGUCGCUGCUUCGGCGGCGGAUGUGAAGUACUCUGUUCCGUUUGAGGUCAAGGAGUCUUUCACAUGGGUGUUUUAG